AUGGAAUCCAUCACCAUCACCCGCUUCUCCCCCUCCCAACACGCCCACCUCAUCCCCGCCAUCCUCCAGAUGCACAUCAACUGCAUCCAGUCCGACGGCGCCCUCCUCCGCUUCCACCCGCCCUUCACCCCCGCAAAGCGCCACAAAAUGGAAACCUUCUGGAACGAACGACUACUCUCUCAAAUCUCAUCCGGUCGCCGCAUUGCACUCAUCGCCUUGGCAGCAUCCAACAUCGAGGGUAGUGACGAUGUGGCUGGCAUCGUAGAGCUGGGGAUGCCGGACGCUGACACGGGGCCUUUUCGCGGGGACCUAGAGAUGCUGAUGGUUUCGCCAAAGUAUCGACGCAGGGGACUGGGCGUGAAACUCAUCAACGACGUGGAAGAAAUUGCAAGAGAGGAAAAGAGGACCUUGUUGCAAUUAUCGACAGACGUAGGCUCAACGGCGGAGAAAUAUGUCUAUCCUCGCUUAGGAUAUGCUCUGAUGGGAACAGUUCCCAAGUAUGGCAUCUCGCCUCUAGAUGGCUCCCUAAAAGACGGCGCUUUCUUUUACAAACAUCUGGCAGAACUCAAUUAA